AUGAAGAGAUUCCAAAAAAAUAAAAAUCUAAAAUAAUAAGAAGAACUACUGAUUUAUGAUAUUCAAGAUUAUGCAAGAAUUCAAAAGAAAUAGUUGAGAUUAUGUUUAACUAAUUUUUAUAUAAAUGAAAUAAUUGAUGAAGUGAUAGAUAUGUGCUUAAUUUAGGCAGAAUUAAAGGGAGUUGAGAUGAAUUCAUAUUACGCAACUCCCCUUUAUUAAAUUCAUUCAGAUCCAAACAUUAUUAAAUAAAUAAUAAUGAAUUAUGUUUCCAAUUCAUAAAAUUUACAGAGUAAGGGAGUAUCACAAUAACAGUAUCAUCAAUAAAUAAAACAUUUUAAUAAAUAAGAAAAACACUGUAAGGAACCUCUUAAAGUUCCACAAAUAGAUUUAUAUACACAAUAUCAAUAGAAGAUACUGGAUGUGAAAUACAAUUUAAUAUAAAGCCAUAAUUUUAUAAUUAUUUGCGACUUUUUCUAUUAAAAAAUAGAGAAUAAAACUUGGACAAGUAUUGGAUUAAUAGUUUGUAAAAAUCUUGUAGGUUUGACCAUCAGAAAGAAUAGAUUUAUGAAGUGAAUAAAAUAUUGGAACUAAAAUGUCUUUUAAAAUAUAUGCAAAACUUUAAGAUAAUUCUAUUAAAUCUGCUAAUUAUAUAAAUUGUUUUAAAUAGGGGUAUUAAUCCUAAUAUCUUAGUAUUUAGCUUAAAGAUUCAUCAUAUGGGAAGGAGAAUCAUCAAGCAAUAGUAAGAUCUUCUCUUUUAAAUAAAUAAGAUGCAGAUCAAACAAAAACAUGAAAUAUGAAUAAUUUUUGUCUUUAGGGUAAAAAUUACAGAAUUUUAAAACUUAUUACAAAGGGGAUUCUUAAGAGGUAUAAGAUACAAGAUAGAUUUAAAUUAAAAUAAGUUUUGUAAAAUAAAAAACUUGGUAUUUAUUAGUAGAUGAUUAAAUUUUCAAUUUGAUAGCAUUAAAAACUUUACUUAAAGAUUUGAUAUCUGAAAUAUAUAUAAUUGAAGCAUAUAAUGAAUAAUAGCCAAUAAAUAAAGUGCAUAGAUAAUAAACACAUUUAAGCUAUUAUAAAACUAAAUAGAACUUCAAGAUUAGAUAUUAGAUAUGUAUUUAAGGAUCUUUAUAUGCAAAUUUUAAAUGGAUGGUAAGCAGGUGA